GUGAACCCGUCACUUUUGACGUGUUGGACACCGACUUCGAUGUCUUUUUGGGGAUGCCUUGGCUUUCUAGCGCGGACCACACGGUCAAUUUCCAUCGACGCAUGCUCACGAUUCGUGAUGCAACUGGCGCCGAGGUCCUGUGUACUAUUCCUCCUCCUCGCUCUUCCAUUCCGUGCCAAGUCGUGAGUGCCAAAUCUUUUCGAGACACAUGCCGUUCCGAGCAUGUUGAAGAGAUUGGCAUCGCUUUUCUUCGAACCGUCCCGACGACCGACUCAUCGUCCACGGAUGUGUCUUCCGACCCCCGUGUGACCCGGUUGUUAGACAAGUUCGCGGAUGUUUUUGAGACACCCUCCGGUUUAGUGUUGGACCGGCCGAUCUCCCACGAGAUCAUAUUGAGGCCGGCGUCGUGCCACCAAAGGGAUGCAUUUAUCGCAUGUCCGAGGAGGAGCUCACGGUUCUCCGUGCGCAACUCGACGAUCGACUUGACAAGGGUUGGAUCCGCCCUAGCAGCUCACCUUACGGUGCGCCCGUUCUCUUCGUUCGGAAGAAGAACAAAGGACCUUCGACUUUGCAUUGACUACCGACGCCUCAACGCGCAAACCAUCAAGAACGCGGGGCCUCUACCUCGCAUUGACGAUUUGCUUGAGCGGUUGGGCGGCGCCAAGUACUUUUCGAAGUUGGACCUCAAAUCGGGCUAUCAUCAGAUUUCCAUCCGCCCGCAAGAUCGGUACACAACCGCGUUUAAGACGCGAUAUGGGCAUUUUGAGUGGGUAGUUAUGCCUUUUGGCCUCACCAAUGCCCCGGCCACCUUUCAGGCGGCCAUGACCACCGAGUUUCAUGCUAUGUUGGACCGCUUCGUCUUGGUCUACUUAGACGACAUCCUCGUCUAUAGCCGAACUCUAGAGGAACAUCUCGAGCACCUUCGCCGUGUUCUAGAGACUCUUCGGUCAGCCCGGUACAAAGCUAACCGCGACAAAUGCGAGUUUGUCCGGCAAGAGCUUGAAUACUUGGGCCAUUUUGUCUCUCCGGAAGGUAUUCGUCCGUUGGCGGACAAGAUUCAGGCCAUCCAGGAGUGGCCCGAGCCAAAGAAUGUGACGGACGUCCGAUCCUUCCUCGACUUGGUCGGCUAUUAUCAACGCUUCAUCAAGAGUUACUCGAAGAUCGCGGCCAACCUAAGCAAGUUACAAAGCGAGGAGCGUCCUUUUGACUUCGACAACGAUGCGCGCCAUUCUUUUGAAACACUCAAAGCGACACUCUUAUCCGCCGAGGUGUUACAUAUCUACGACCCGCUUCUAGCUACGCGCGUCACUACCGAUGCGUCGGGCUAUGGCAUUGGGGUCGUCCUUGAGCAACACGAUGGCACAGACUGGCACCCGGUCGAGUACUUUAGCAAGAAAGUACCUCCCGUGCAUUCAAUCGACGACGCACGGAAGAAGGAGCUUCUUGCCUUCGUCCACGCCCUCAAGCGUUGGCGACAUUUCCUCCUUGGUCGGAAAGCAUUCCGAUGGGUAACGGAUAACAAUCCGUUGGUAUUCUACAAGUCGCAAGACACGAUUAACAGUACCAUUGCCCGUUGGAUGGCUUUCAUCGACCAGUUUGACUUUUUCCCCGAUCACAUUCCCGGUAAGUCAAACCGUUUUGCAGACGCCCUCUCACGGCGACCGGAUCUUUGCACCGCAGUCUACUCUACCUUCGAGAUCGACGACGACUUGCGGGAGAGCUUCAUCCGCGGCUAUCAAGCCGACCCUCAUUUUCGCGACAAGUACGCGAAUUGCUCCUCCCCGAAUCCGGUGCCUUCGCAUUAUCGGAUCCAAGAGGGCUACUUGCUUGUGCAUUCACGGGGUAAGGAUCUUCUUUGUGUGCCGAGUGAUUCACACUUGCGCACACGGCUUCUUGGCGAGUUUCACGAUGCGCCCGCCUCCGGACAUUUUGGUGUCAACCGUACACUUGGCCGACUUCGCCAGCGGUUCUAUUGGCCCGACCUUCUUAAGGACGCCACCCGCUAUUGUGAGUCGUGCGAAGUUUGUCGGCGUUGCAAGUCACGCAACCACCGUCCGUUCGGCGAGCUACACCCACUACCAGUACCCCUUGGGCGACGGGAAGCAAUUGCUAUGGAUAUCACCGGCCCCUUCCCGAAGCACAAGACCGGCGUGGAUGGGAUCCUCACGGUCGUCGACCGCCUCACCAAGUACGCCAUGUUUUUGCCUUGCCGCUAUUACGCAAAGGCACCGGAGUUAGCCGAGGUCUUAUACACCGGUUGGAUUCGCUCCAAGGGCUACCCCAAGGAGAUCGUUUGCGACCGGGACACCCGCUUUCUCUCCGACUUUUGGGUCGCCCUCGUCAAGCGAUGGGGCUCAUCUUUGAAGCCGAGUUCGGCUCGCCACCCGCAAACCGAUGGUCAAACGGAAAGGGCGCAUCAGACCGCUCAAGUCCUUCUACGCACUCUCAUCCGUCCCGACCAGGUUGAUUGGGUUGAGCGCUUGCCAGACGUUGAGUUGGCUUACAACUCGUCGAUCCAUCCGGCUAUCGGGAUGUCGCCAUUCGAGUUCGAUCAUGGUUCACCCAUCUCAUCGCCGCUGGACGCCACUUUGCCGCGCACAGCCGAGAGCGACGACCAUCUUGCGUCCUUCGUCGCAUGCAAGAGCUUCUUGUCAAGGCACGGGAUCAGAUGCAAGGAUCCUGUGGUUCCCAAAACCGCCAUUGAGCUGGAGAUUGAGAAGGAGGCGGCGGCUGCAGAGGAAAGCCGCAAGAGGAUUGAGAAGCUGAGGAAAGAGAAGGAUGAAGGAGACCGAAAGGCUCAGAAUGAGGCCAGACGGGCAAUGCUGGCAGAACAUUUCUUGGCCGCUGAAUCUGAUGAAAGAUUCAGUGACACUAACAAGAAGUUGGCUGAGUGGAUCCGUUUGGGGUUCACUUCAAUCAAAGAUGCCCUCACUGCCUGGAUGGACCGGGCUGCUGCAAUAGAAGACCGUUUGACUACAGUUGAAGUCAAACAGUCUUCUAUUUGGGUGACCUCUGAGGCUACCAAGUCUCAGCAGCAGUUACCAGAUUGGGCUGUUGCAGCAGGAUUAGAGACCAUCUUCCAGGGUCUGGAGGCGAGGUUUGCAGACAAAGAGAAGGCCCGCAAAGCUGCAGACGAUCUGGUUAGUCUUGGCCAGACAAAGUACAGGGGUUCGCUGGCCAAGCUCUAUGCAGAAUUAGAGCGCCUCACCUCUACUCCCGGUUUGGAGAUGUCUGACAGGGACCAACUGACCUGGUUCAUCAGGGCAGCUCCUGAGAAAUAUACCACGGCCCUGUACUUUGCAGGACACAAGGAUUGGCGAUCUUUUGGCCGAGCAGCCUUGGACAUGGAGGCAACACUCCACGUUCAGUCCACUCCCCAGAAGGGAGGCAACCCCUCUUCCCAGAGUAGGAGGAAGGGAAAGGGGAACUUGUACGCCAUGGAGUCUGAUGAUGACUCUGCAGGCACUAGCCAGGGGGGAUCUACUCCCCCAGCUGGCCAGGGUGCAGGAGCAUCAGCAGACCAGGCUGCUCAAUUGYUGGYCCAGGCACUGCYAGCCCUCACUGGAGGCAAGCAGUUCCAGGGACAAAAGCCCUCCUCUCCUAAGGGGUCAGGCAAACGCCCCAAUGGUCCCCAACAGCAGAACCUCCCAAAGUUUGCCAAGUGCCCAGCCAGUCCCAUGGACGCUUCCUCUUUUCCUUGGAGGGACCUGGAAAUCCCAGAGGGCGUAUGGCAAAAGAGGAAGGACAGGGGGGUCGGUCUGAGAACCAGGAUCAAAGCCUUGCUUGACUGUGGGGCCACAAGGAACUUCAUCUCGCAGAAUGGAGUUCAGAGACUCCACUUGGGUCUCAAGGUUACUGACCUUGAGCACCCUUUGGAGAUACAGGUUGUUGGUCGAGUAAUCGAAUUACAGUUCAAGCAAAGUGAGAGGCCGGUGAAUGUUCUGUGCAAUGGUUAUCGCAAGCGGAGUCCAGCAUACCGGACUCUUCCAAGAUCUAUGGCAUGCCUCAGGGGGGUGGAAAGCAUUUUCGACAAUUCAGUUGUGAACAUGAUUGUGAGAUCGACCGCAUGGCAAAUUCUUCUAUCAAGGAUUGGGCAUUCCAUGUUGCUGUAUCUUCUCUCCCGUUGUGUCAUUUUCAUGCCUCUUCCUCACGGAUCAUUCUUGCAAGUGGCAGGACCUGCGAUUACAACUGCUGUACAGCAAUUUCGGCACACAAGAAUUGCAAGGAAACACUCCCUUGAGCAAAAAUGUUUUUGUGCAGGAGGAAACACAAGACAUGGCAAUGGAUUAGAUUAUCAAUCAGAGAAUUCUGGUGGUCACAGGCCUGGUUCUGUUGCUCUGGGUGAAGGGAUGACUGUGACAAAUAGGUCUAGAAAUGUCUGGGAAGAAGAAGGGCUUAAAAGAGGAAAGAAGAGGAGAAGGACAACUAUGAUGGAGGAAGAAGGGGUCAAGAAGAGCAAACAGGCAGCUGUGACGGAGGAAAAGAAAAAGGGAAAAACAAGGGGGAAGCACGGUGCUUCAGACGGCAGAAGCAUUGCUAACAGAGGAUCUGGUCACAGAAGCAGUGAAACCCAGGGUAUAGAUCGACAACCUGUAGACUCCAAGGUGGAGAGUGGCAGUAAUUCAGGGGAACCUCCGGCAAGGAUAAGUGAGCCAUGCCUCCAACAGAUCUGUAAAGGAAAGAAACGAGCACGGCCUACUAAGCAUAUUCGGAAAAGAAGGCAAAGGAGAAUGAAUGAAAACUCAUCUGCAUCAAAGCCAAUGGAUGUGGAUGAGAAAGUUGAAAAUGUCACAGAUAGCCAAGCCUUCAAAGUGAGAUUUUGUCUCCAGGUGGCUACCAACGGAGCAGAUUGUGUGGAACAAAGUGAGAAUGAUCUCAGAUCAGCAGAUGAGAGGCAUGGUGGUCUAUGGAAAGCUGUUGGGAGGAUGAAUGUGGAAAGCGAAGCGGAAACGGUAGUGGAAACAGGGAAAGAAAUCACAAGAGGAACGGAAAUGUUAAGAGGGUCAGGUACCAAAAUGGUAAGAGGAGUGGGAAUGGGGAUAGUAAGAGGCAUGGGAACAGAAACGGGAAUUGUAGCAGAUGUUACAAAAACACAAGCUUCUACUGGGGUGUUGAAAAGGAGUGCAGAGGGAAAGGGAGCACGAAAAAGGACAGGAACAGGAAAGACAACAGGAAAAAGAAUGGAACCAGGAACAGAAACAGAGUCUAGAACAGCAGGAUUGGAACCAGGAACAAAAAUAGAGUCUCAAACAGAAACAGCAGGAGUGAAACCAGGAGCAGUAACAGAGUCUGGAGUGCAACCAGGAGCAGAAAGAGGUCCUAGAACAGAAGCAGGAAUGGAACCAGGAACAGAAACGAAGUCUGGCACAGAAACAGGAGUGGAGCCAAUGAGAGUAAUGGAGUCUGGAAGUCAACUGUCUUCUGCUCCACAGGCAACAGGGAAAAUCGCCAUUGGUGUAGCUUCAAUUUCUGAACCUAUGAUCCAAGGAGUACAAGGAAAGUCCCCGGGAGGAACCCAAGAAGGAAGUUGGAGAUUUCGAGAACAAGAGUUGGCAGAACAGCAUAUAGGAAGGGAAGGAGAAACGGAAACGGCUGUCGGGAGCUUCAGAAGUGGAGCAGCGUUCAAGCAUACUACAAAUCGUGAUGAGAGAAUCUCUCCAGCAGCACGAGUUUUCCCACGGUCGUUCAUCUUCUACAGCAACACAUAUCCACAACGAGCCGGGUUUCCUGCAAAACGUAUCCGCUCUGAAGAGGAAAGUAUUGUUGGGUUGGUUCCCUACCUGCGUUUUCCCUCCCUACCCACCCUUUGCAUGCAUUUCCAAGUUGGUACUGUGCCACGUCAGCAGUGCCAUGUCAGCAGUGCCACGUCAGCAGUGCCACGUCAGCCACAGUGCCACGUCAGCAGUGCCACGUCAGCAGUGCCACGUCAGCCACAAUGCCACGACAGCAGUGCCACGUCAGCAGUGCCAGGACAGUCACAGUGCCACGUCAGCAUGACGGGUCCAGCAAUGGGCCUGCCAGGCCAACUGGCCAAUGAGUCCAUUGCAAACUACAAACAGCGCUUCCAGGCUCAGCUCGCUUUCAUCGAGGCUGAGGAACAACGCCAGCUGGCAGCCGAGGCUGCCCGCCUACAGGCUGAAGCAGCGGCGACAGCAGAGAAGCUGCGGCUACAGGCCGAAGCAGACGCAGAUGCCCAGGCUCGCCGCAAGGAAGCCCAGGAUCUGCUGCAGCGGCAUGAAGCCAACAGCAUCGAGAGACUCAAGUUCUGGCACUUUGAACCGAACGGCGAUGACACAACACCGGAAGAGCAGCAUAAGGAGUUCCUCUCCAAACUCGUGACACGGUUGUUGUACGCUUGCAACUACCAACAGUCCGAGUUAGAGAGACAGAACCAGGAACUGCAGCAACAGUACCAGGAUCUGAAGACACAGCACCAGGAGUUGGCGAACCUCCGCCGGAUAGUGCAGAGCCACGAGGAUGCAACACGGGCACUCAAUUCCCGUGUACUGGACCUGGAACAGGCUGUACCAGGACCAGAUGCUGGGGCUUCCAGCAGUGCACCCUCUAGCCGCCAACUGGAGGAACGCGUUGACCACGUAGUGGCAAUGCUGGGCGACAUCAGCACCUUCGCGGCGCCAACCACCAUCAGCAGCCAGCUGGACACGUUGAAGACCGAGGUCCAGCAACUGCAGUCGACGAACUCGGAUGGCAAUCCAAAGGUGUACAAGAUGCCAACUUUCCAACUGGAAAAGUUCGACGACUACACACAUCAGGAUCCGGUCCUUUGGUGGGAAGCAUUCACGACGCAACUGCGGAUUUUGCCUGUAGCCAAGCACGCGUACAUCGACGCCCUGUUUCUUAACUCAAAGGGCGGAUGCCAGACCUGGUUGACCCACCUGGCAGCCACCCACGGCGUCGACGUCGCGGAUCUGAAAGACAAGAUUACAUGGGAAGAGUUAACACGGCUAUGGAAGAAGCGGUUCAGCGUCGACGACGCACCAGCACUCGCCAUUAACCGUCUCUUCACCAUGUCUCAAGGCAACACAACAACACGUGACUGGCUCACGGAAUGGCAGAAGAUCGCGGUCGUGCCCGAUCUGGACUUACCAUUCACGCAUCUACGCAGUGAGUUCUACAACAGGUCAUGCGCUGCGCUGAGCCAGGCACUUGGUGAUCGCGAGCAGUAUACCACUUUCGCCGAGAUCAUUGACAAGCCGAGAGAGAUCAUCAAGACCAACAGGGCAGCUGCACACGAGAAGUCAACGUGGCAGCCGACCUAUGUGGAGAAGGUAAAGACUGGUCCGCGACCGCAACACUUCGCUGCAGUCCAAUCGGACAGUGGAGAAGACCCAGCAGCCACUCCAGCAUCACGUGACGAAGAUCAGGUGGCUGUUGUCCAGCCGCGAAGCAACAACAAGUCCCGGAACAAUGGGAAGGCGAAACCAGCAUCGCAAGCCGGAAAUGGACAGCCAGCACCAUGGGUCAAGUUUAGCUUGACCGAGGCGGAGUACAAGUACCGCUGCCGCUACGGGAAGACGCAACCUACGCAAGUGACACUCACGGACGGCCACACGCAAAAGUCGAUUGCCCGAUGCAUUGACGGUGUCCCGGUAUACUUUGCGCCCCUUGCGUGCGAGCCGGUGUCUUUUGACAUCCUCGACACCAAGUUUGACAUGAUUUUAGGCAUGUCUUGGUUGCGUAGCGCCGAUCAUCCGGUGAACUUUCAUGACCGAACCUUUCACGUCCGUGAUCGGAACGGAGUGUUAGUCCCAUGUACGGUCGCGACCCCUCAUACUUCGAUUGCUUGUCACGUGGUUUCCGUUGCGAGAAUUCGCGACGCUAUAGCUCGGAACGACGUAGAGGAGAUGGGUCUUGUGUUUUUACAUGCUCUCCCCUCGCCGGACGGACCAGCCGCGUCACCGCCGGACCCACGCAUUACUCACCUCUUGGACGGGUAUGGAGACAUCUUCGAGGCUCCCACCGGAACGGUUCCGGAUCGGCCCAUACAUCACGGGAUCACUCUCGAGGCUGGUGCCGUCCCUCCGCGUGGAUGCAUUUACCGCAUGAGCGAAGAGGAACUCGAGGUGCUUUGCGCACAACUCGAUGACCUUCUCGACAAGGGCUGGAUUCACCCUAGUUGUUCGCCAUACGGUGCACCGGUUCUCUUUGUCCGGAAGAAAAACAAGGACCUACGGCUGUGCAUCGACUAUCGAAAACUUAACGCACAAACCGUUAAGAAUGCCGGCCCUCUCCCUCAGAUUGAUGAUCUCCUCGAGCGGUUGGGCGGCGCGACGUACUUCUCGAAGUUGGACUUGAAGUCGGGUUACCACCAGAUUGAAAUCCAGCCUCAAGAUCGGUACAAGACCGCUUUCAAAACGCAGUACGGGCAUUUUGAGUGGGUCGUGAUGCCAUUUGGACUCACCAAUGCCCCGACAACCUUCCAAGCAGCCAUGACAACGGAGUUCCGAGACUUGCUCGAUCGUUCCGUCCUCAUCUACCUCGAUGAUAUCUUGGUCUAUAGUAGGACGCUUGACGAGCACCUCGUACACCUUCGUGUGGUGUUGGAUCGUUUGCGAGCAGCCAAGUACAAAGCAAACAGCGACAAGUGCGAAUUCGCCAAACAAGAGGUUGAGUACUUGGGCCAUUAUGUGACGCCGAAAGGCAUUCGUCCCUUAGCGGACAAGAUCCAAGCCAUCGUGGAUUGGCCGGAACCCCGUUGCACGACGGACGUACACUCUUUCAUGGGUUUGGCUGGAUACUAUCAGCGCUUCAUCGAGUCUUCCUCCAAAGUGGCACCCCCUUUGUCGAGACUUCAGUCCCCGAAGGUACCAUUCGAGUUCGACGACGCAGCUCGUGGCGCGUUCAAUACGUUGAAACCGGCAAUGCACGAAGCACCGGCCCUCCAUAUCUUUGAUCCCACCCUACCCACCCAAGUGACUAUGGAUGCUUCCGGCACGAUUGGUCGAUGGAUGUAUUACAUCAACCAGUUGGACUUUGAGCCGUGCCACAUUCCUGGUCCCGCCAAUCGAGCAGCGGACGCCCUCUCACGACGGCCCGAUCUUUGUGCCCUUGUGACCACGACGUUCAACCUCAACGACGAUAUGCAACAGCAUUUCGUCAACGGCUACAAGUCCAAUCCGACGUACUCUACGCUUUAUGCGGACCUAUCAUCGGAUCACCCGCCGUCUGGUCAUUAUCGUAUCUCCGAUGGGUUCCUACUUCUCCACACGAGAGGGAAGGACUUGUUAGUGGUGCCCCAAGACCGCAUCUUACGGACUCGUCUUCUCGGCGAAUUCCACGACACACGACUUUCGACACACCUUGGCGUGACCCGCACAUUGGCUCGCCUCCGCCAACUUUUUCACUGGUCCGACGUUCUUCAUGACGUCACAAGGUACAUUGAGUCAUGCGCAGUUUGCCAUCGUAACAAAGGUCGAUCUACGGUCCCUUAUGGCGAACUGAAACCGAUGCCGAUUCCUCGGGCACCUCGCCUCUCCAUUGCUAUGGAUGUUACAGGCCCGUUCCCCCGCGAUCGCCUCGGUCAUGACGACAUUCUCACGGUCGUUGACCGUUUGAGCAAGUAUGCUCGUUUUCUUCCAUGCAAGUAUCGCGCUACAGCCCCCGAGCUCGCCCGACUCUUGCACUCCGGCUGGAUUACCGCCCAUGGUGUUCCGAAAGAUAUUGUGAGCGACAGAGACACUCGCUUCAUGUCUGCCUUUUGGACUUCCCUCAUGACAGAGUCCGGUUCGACUUUGAAGCCGAGUUCCGCACGGCACCCGCAGACGGAUGGACAGUCGGAACGAGCGCAUCAAACCGCUCAAAUGAUGUUGCGUACACUCAUCCGUCCCGACCAGAAGGACUGGGUUGACCGGCGUCCCGACAUCGAGUUCGCCUAUAACACUUCGGUGCAUCCGGUGAUCUGCGUCACUCCAUUUGAGUUACCUCACGGUGGAGAGAAGGCCCGAAUCUUCGCCGAUCUUCUUCUACCACGGGCCGCCGACAUAGACGUCGCUUGCUCUCCCGCUUCCGUCCGGAAGUACCGGGACUUGCUGAUCAAAGCCCGCGCGAACAUGCAAAAGGCUCAAAUCCGCAUGCAGCAGCAAGCCAACCGACGUCGACUCCCAUGUCCUUUCCACGAGGGAGACCUUGUUUGGGUCCUCGCUGAGGAAUUCGCGCUCGAGCAGGACGUCACGCAAACUCCUCCCGAAAUGGUUUGGACCAUGGAAGGUGUGUCUCUUAGGCGUGUUUGGAUCCAGGAUAAUCUUUUCAAGGUCAUUCCUCUGCUGAAGAAGAUGAUUGUGAGGACCAAACGCUGCCCGUAUGGCAAAUUCCUGAGUCGACAUUGUCCUUUGCCGUCCUGUCUUCCACGAUCUGGCUCGGAGGAUUGCCAAGUGGUUGAUAAGCAUCAGCCAGAUGAGACCAUCGAAGUGGAGGUCGAAACCCGGCCCAUGCAGAUUGCAAAGAUUCAGAACAGUGAUGCAGCAGGCAGUGGUCACCUUGGCAUUGUGAGUCAGAGAAGCACAGAGGUACAUGCCUCGCGUCCAUCAUCCGAGAACGCACCAUCGGGGGAAUCUGGAGGCAAUGCUGUCCAUGUGGAGUGGAAUGAGGAGGACGCUGCCGCCGAUGAUGAAAUGGAGGAAUGGGACAUGCACAAGUUAGAAAGAGAAGAAGGGGAGCAAGGAACAAUGGCCUCUCAAGACAGCAGCUUAGCGGAGUCCAAGGUAGGGGACUCAAUGGUAGGAGAAACAGACACAUACCCACCAGGCAGUUCAGCAGAAGAGGACCAGAGCUCACCCCCCCUUCCCCCCAAACUGAUCCUCUGAGAAGCAACAGCUCUGAUGAUGGGUCUGCAUAAUGCAAGAUGGAUAGGAUCUGUAAUAAAUCCAACUCACAAGG